AUGCGAACAUCUGAUCUAGCGAGUGGUGAAGUUUGUAACAAGUCAAAAAGAUCUACAAGAGACGAAAAAGAUGAAGCCAAUUAUAGAGAAGCACUAAACAACAUCACCUCAAGAAGUAAAAGAAGUGAGAAAAUGAUUGCUGUCACAGCCAAGAGACGCAGAAUGAGAUGGGUAGGUGCUAACGUGGAGGAUAACCCUCAACUAUUAAGGAUUCUGGUUGAACAAGAAUCAAUUGGAGCACAAAAAUUCAAAAGUGAAGGUCACAAAUGCAAGAAAGGGAUCUACAAGUCAAAACUGUCCUAUAUAAGGCUGAUAGAGACACACACAGAGGAUAAGGAACUAGAAAGUGUCAAUGAAACACUAGUUAAUCCAAGAUGGAAAGCAACAAUGGAUGCAGAAUUUAAAGCUCUAGUAGUUAAUCACACUUAG